CACCGGAACGUCAUGACGCACGACGUCACGCGACACGGCUGGUCUGGGUCAUGUGACCGGUGUUACGAGGAAGAGCAGUCCAUCAGAAAAUCCUUCCAAAAUGAAUCGAACAGUUAUGAACACAGUAUUUGCGCUUUUAGGACUUUUAUCAGGUGUUUUGGGUGACAGUUUGACCGUUCUGCGCAGCCCGCAGUACGUGACCUUCCGGGAUGGACAGUGGCCCAUAUCAGGAGAAAAGAUCCCUGAUUUAGUGGCCCUUACCAUGGGCUUCUCCGUUCGUGAGGAUCUUGACUGGCCUGGUCUGGCGGCCGGCUCGCUGUUCCAACGCCCGCGUGCAAACGCUCUGAUCGUCGUGCGCGGCAUGGACAGCCUCGACUUUCCGAAAAACAUUUCCUCUUACCCUCUCGAAAAUCCGGUUCCAUUCACUCUGGACAGUGUGGCAAACACUGUGCACACUUUGUUUGCUGACAGCACCCCUGUGGUCCUGCAGCUCGCCCCCAGUGAGGAGAGGCUGUAUAUGAUGGGAAUGGCCAACACUGUUUUUGAGGAUCUGCCCGUGACCCUGCAACAGAUCCGUGGACGUCUGUCCCAGGACGGAUCUGUCCUCACGUCCCUUCCUCUCAGCUCUCUCAGCCGUAAUAACGAGGCUGAUCUUCUGUUCCUGUCUGAGGUUCAGGUGCUAUAUGACAUCUCAACUCUGCUGCAGAAACACAAGCAUCUGGCUAAAGACCCGGCUCCUGACCUGUACUCCCUCGAGCUCGCGGGAUUGGAGGAGAUCACCCGCCGCUACGGCACAGACUCCCCUCAGUUCGCGGACGCUACCAGGAUCCUGACGUCUGCUCUGCAGAAGUUCGCAGACGACGUCUCCAGCGUCUAUGGAAACAACGCGGUUGUAGAAGUCGUGACUGUAAAGACGUUUGAAGCCCCUCUGACCAGGAAGUCACGCUCCAUCCUCGAGUCCAAGCAGAUCAGUAACCCAGGAAGCCCCUACAACCUGGCUUACAAGUACAACUUCGAGUACGCUGUGGUCUUCAACAUCGUCCUGUGGCUGAUGAUCGUGUUAGCUUUAGCCGUCAUCGCUGUUUCCUACAACCUCUGGAACAUGGAUCCAGGAUACGACAGCAUCAUCUACAGGAUGACCAAUCAGAAGAUCCGAAUGGACUGAUGAAGUCCGUCAAACCCCAUUCCAUUUUGUGUUGAGUAUUGAAGUGCAUUUGAAUGUGUGUGUGUGUUUUAUUUUUAAUGUGUGUGUGCACCACUAGAAUUGCUUAUUGUAUAAAUGCUUUGUCUUUUUGACACCAUCAAACACACAAAUAAAGAUUAUUUAUUGAUGCCUGUUGAUAGAUAGAGAGAAAUAAAACUGCUUGUGAUGCUUCUUAAUCAGCGUAUCUUGGGGAUUUGCAUAAUGUGAAUCAACCGAAGAGGAAAAUCUGAUGUUAGUAUGUAAAGAAUUGAAAUUUAACUGUAUUUAUUGUUUGUUGUUCAAUUGAUUGUGCUCCUGAAUACUGGAUUUAGUGUAAUUACACCAUUCCUAUGUACAUUUGUUUGUUUAAUUUGCGAUGUCAUUUUCAUUGAAUAUACCUAUAAAGUGGAAAACUACAUAUUAAGUAUGACUGUUUUUUGUGUAUAGAUGUUGUUAACACCUAUGAAACAUUGUGUUAUCAUAGAAAAUGUACAAAUGUAAGUGUAUCUCAAAUAAAAACUCCAUCCGUCACUUAAAACAA